AUGAAAACUAUACCACAGGAACUAAAAAAUUUGGAACCAUUCCUAGCGAGAGCGAGAGAAUUAAAGGAUGUAGAGCCUGCAAUUUCCUAUUGGUGCAAGUUCUACGUUCUCCAGAACGCACUGGACAAGAAACCGGGGAAGCAUUGUGAGGAGUUUCUCCUGAAUUUGAUGGGCGAACUUGAGGAAUCCAAGUCACAGCUUUCUGGAAAUGACGACCUGAAGGAUCUGGUCAUAGACGAAGACGCCGCGAAUGCCUACAUAGAGAAUUUCGCACUCCGUGUAUUCAUAAAAGCUGACGAUCUAGACAGAGCUGGCACACUCAACAAGACUGUAGCACAGACAUUCUUAGCAUCCAGCUACUUCCUAUCCCUCCUCACCCUCUUCAAAAACCCACCGGGUGAUCUGCAGCAGAAAAUAAAGUAUGCACGUUUUAAAACAACUCAAAUUAUGAAUUCACUAAAAAACCCUCCGCCACCCGCUUCUGCAUCCCCGAGAGCUAGUACUUCUGCACUAACGUCACCACAGCUAGGCACAGCUGGAUUAUCGAAUGCACCUUCACCUAAAGCAGCUAUUUCAGGUUUACCUAGUGUGCCCUCCCCGAAGGUUGGUUCAGUUGGGUUGCCAAGCGUACCUUCUCCAAAAAUAGGUACUGCUGGCCUACCACCACAUAUGGCAUCACCGAAACCAUCCCCAAAACACGGCACAGUUGGUUUACCAUCACCUAAGCAAUCACCACAUCCUUCUUUGCCUUCCUCACCGCGUUUUCGCUCAAAUUCGAGCUUAUCUCAGCACUUACCAUCACCAAAAGCUAUGACAAGUAUGUUACCAACGGAGGAACCUCAAGGUAUCGAUCCAACCAUCGUUAUUAAAGCACAAAAGCAUGCAAAAUGGGCAAUUUCAGCAUUAAAUUAUGAGGAUAAAGAUACAGCUAUAAAUCAAUUACAAUUAGCAUUAGAAAGUUUGACCGGCACAUAAUUUUAUGCUGGUAAUUCACCGCCUAAAUUCAAAUAAACAGAUUCCCUUAAUCCUUUCCAAACUGACUUUUUAAUUCUAGUAGUCUCAGCAAUGAUAGACCUUAACUCAUUCAUACGUUCAAUAUAUUCGCGACUAUCUGCCAAAGCUUCAUGCAGUGAUUCAAUAUGUCUUUGAGCUUGUACUUUUUGUUCUUCGACGGUCAGAUGUAUAUCUUGAACCUCCUUGCCGUUGUUAGUUGGUAAAUCAACUCCAGUAUUCGAGAUAAACAGUUCAUUUAUAUGAUUAGUAGUGUUGCGUGUGUCAUAGAUAUUUGAUAAUGCUCUACCAAUUGAUUUUGUAAUUUCCUUCUCGUUUUCAACUACGUCAGCUGAUCUAUGUUCAAAUUCAGAUAACCUUGGACAAGUGAUAGAAGAUUUAAUAUGAGGUGACUGUACAGCAUCGACCAAUCUUUGAGGUUGUGGUAUAACAUCAUACCAUGAAGGUUCAUCUAACUCAAUGGAAACUGAAUCGCUAUCAUCUGAAUCGUACUCAAGCUCAAUCUCAUCUGGAAUGAACCUAGAGAGGCGCUUUUUAACUUGAUCUCUGUGUGCUCUAUCCAUUUCUAGACUUCGGGAGCUAGGAUUCCAUCUAGAGAUCUUACCCUUCCUAUUAAGGCUAUUGGAGAGUGAUAGCUUUCUACCGCGAUUACCGCGUGGGUUUUUAGCGGUUUGUUGAUUACCCGCUACUUCAUUCUUGAGUAUAACGGAGGAGGUUGAUGGACCAGCUGCAUACCAUUGAGGUUGGUCGUUAGAAGGUAGAGAUCUAAAAUAAGAUUGUACAGAAGUCAG